AUGGACGCAAGACCACCGACGCCACCAGCAGAAGAGAUGGACUCUUCGAUCGGAGUCGAGAGCGUCGACCCCAAGUUGACCGUGAUGGGCGGUGGGCCCAAAGAGCAGGCGUCGGACUACGCCAACUACUUUUGCUCCUACGCCAGCCUGUACCACCAGAAGCAAAUGCUGACGGACCAUCGUCGAAUGCAGGCGUACUACUCGGCCAUCACGGACAACGCCGAGUUGUUUGCAGGCAAGCGCGUGCUUGACGUGGGUACGGGAAGCGGUAUCCUGGCUCUGUGGGCAGCAAAGGCGGGGGCGAGCAAGGUGUACGCGGUGGAGUUCACGGACAUGGCGAACCACGCCCGGCGCCUGGUUGCUAAGAACGGGAUGGAGGGCGUGGUGGAGGUGAUCCAGUGCAGUGUCGAGGACCUCAAGCUGGACGCUAAGGUGGACAUCAUCAUCUCGGAGUGGAUGGGAUACUUCCUGCUGAGGGAGAGCAUGCUGGACUCGCUGGUGCGCGCGAGGGAUCGAUGGCUGGUGCCUGGGGGGCUCAUGUUCCCGUCCAGAUGUACCAUGAUGUGGGGGCUCGUUAACGACGAGCAGGACCGGCUGUCCAAGCAGCAGGAGUACAUCCGAACCAUGCAGGACUGGUACAGUUUCAAGGGGGAGACGAAGGAGUUCUACGGCGUGGACAUGACAGUGCUGGAGGCGGUGUACGAGGAGGAGCAGCGGGGGUACUACAUCCUGUCGAGCUUCUGGGCGGAGCUGGACAAGGGCCAGGUGUUGGGAGAACCGGCCGUUGUGCAGACGUUCGACAUGCACACGUGCACGCUGGAGGACGUGCAGGGCGUCGAUGAGACGAACGUGUCCAUCCCGCUGGAGGAAGACGCCAGGGUCUCCGGGUUCGCGGGAUGGUUCACGGCAGACUUCCACGGUACGGAAGCCAACCCGUGCCCUUGCCCGGUCACCCUCUCCACCGGCCCGGAGAACGGUUACACGCACUGGGGGCAGCAGGUUUUCCACUUGCAGGUGCCGCACGACGUGGUCGGGGGGGGCAAGGUGGAGGGCACGAUCGCGGUCAAGAGGCAGAAGGAGAACGUUCGGUUGUAUGACGUCCACAUCAAGCACAAGAACGUGCUUCCAACCGGAGAGGACAAGUCGCCCUUGGUGUCUGUGAAAUACGCCAUGCCAUAAACACCGCUCGUGACCCGACAACACCCCCAGCACGAAGAAGCGGCCGAGCCUUUCGGAGCAAGAAAAGGCCAGCCACAGCCCUGUGUGGUCUGAUACAUGUACAGGUUGAGGCCGGUAUUGGUAGGAAGAGGAGGGUCUAGCAGUGGCGAAACUGCGCUCAGUUUCCCGGCGUGCUAUGGCGGAGCGCGGGAGGCUGGUCUCCUUUGCGACAGCCUUUUGCGACAGCCUUUGCGACAGCCAGCUCCGGAAGAAUGAUGACGGUACGGGAGAAGGCAGCAUUCUACGACGCGGAGGCGGUGCUCGGAGGAGGGUGGUGACGGCAGCUAACGCUUUGGUUUCACGUUUUGUUGGGUGUAACGACCCCGGGUGUUGUAUGUGUGUGUGCGUGUACCUACCCGGCUUGUGUCUAUUUGUUGUUACUUUAAGUAGAUGUACGUAGCGACUUUUUGUCAGAGCGAUGUGCGUUCCGAGGCAUCCGCGAGCUUUCGUUGCCUACACCGCA